AGAGAAGGAAAAGAAGGAGAAGUCUUAAAUGAGAAGGGUCAGUCAUUGUUGGAAAGAGAUGCUGAUGCUCUUAUCCGAGACAAAAACAAAAGUUAAGAAGACCAAUACCACCGAGAGAUGCGCAAAAAUCCUACAUCGAAACUCAUCGCAACAACAAUGCCAUUCAGAAACCCGCCACUCUUGCGCGCCAGAAAGAAGCUAGAGCUGAGAAAAAAUACUACUGUGACUUUUGCAAAGCCUUCCUAUCAAGGAAGGCAUCAGCGCCGGGCACCUCCUCGCUCCUGCUGCCACAGUACUGACCCCAGAAGAUCGGAUAUUGUUAUAAAAACCGCAUUAGAUCCAGACCAGCUUCAGGCAUUCAUCAUCUUUCCAGAGCCGGCAGAGUCUCCGACAAAAACCCAUUUUAUUAUAGCUGACGCACCUGCAGUCCUAGCUCAUGCUGAGCGCGGCGAAGACCAAAUCACCAACCAAAAUGCGAUUAACAAUUAUUUCAUCGGCCUACGGGCUGCUAAUAUACCUGAUUUCAGAGCAAACAUCAACACCAUUCUGGAUGAACUGCUUGAAACCAGGCUUGAUUACUACCCCGAGGAUCAUAUACUCGCCUUCCCUCCUCUGCUGCUUCGCGUUGACUGACCCGUUGAAAGAGCCAGAAGACCCUCACCUUCUGGAACCCCGGAGGCUUCCAUGAGUGAUGAUUCCACCCCAUCCGACUUCAUUCGUCUACACUUGGAGGCGAGCAGAUAUUC